CUCUGUCAAGAAGGAAGUCCUUUCUCGGGGUAUACCUCAGCACAUACCUCGCUUCCCCGUUCAAAAGAUAAGUGGUGCCACUCGCUUAACUUCUUCUACACAGUUGUCCCCCGGCCCCAGAGGCGAUCAGGCUUAUCUAUCGUGUAAGUCCGCUUCAACCUUCCCUCCUUCCUCGGAUAACUGCGACAGUUUUGGGCUAACACCAUGCUAGAUCACGAUGUUUGUUUAACCUACGAAGAUGUCAAGUCUCUUAGACAGGACUGGCUCACUGACAAUAACAUCGCCUUCUGGGAGGAGUUUUUAGAACAAGAAAUCCUCACAAAGUAUCCCCAGGCCAACAUUGUUCUCCUGCGUCCUUCCAUGACGUUCCUGCUGAUGAAGGACACCGAUACCGUAGGCGUCCGACAAGCCCUGCCCUCAUUCAAGCAUGUCACCCACAUCUUUUUGCCUAUCAACGACAAUAGGAACGUCUCCAUGGCGGAAGGCGGUUCGCAUUGGUCUCUGCUCCUUGUGAGUAUAAUUGACGGUGUUGCUUUCCACUACGACUCUCUUGAGGGAGCCAACAACGACGAGGCUCGACUUUGUCUUCGCCGACUAGAGCCUGUCCUGCAAAAGAAGCUACGUUUUCACUAUCUUUCUGAGUGUCCCCAGCAGGACAAUGGCAGUGACUGUGGCGUUUUCGUAUGCAUCAUUAUGCGCCAUCUGCUCACCAAGCGACUUCUUGCCGUCAAUGCCGGCGAGAAAAUCUCCAUGAGCAUGGCGCACAAGGCAAUUGAUGCCAUCGGCGCCCGGAAGGAGAUGAUCACCAUUAUCAACAACUUGCGCAAGGAGGGAGAGAGAAGACGGUCGACAAGCAGCCACAGUAACACGCCGCCCCGUAUUGAGUAGGCCACUGCACCUUUCCUCUAUCUCAACCGACCCAACUGCAAUGAGAGAAGCUCAUAUAUCCGGCGCGGCUUUUUCCAAACACAGCUUCGGGCCCUUUUUUCUCGUUGUCUGCCCAUCGACUGAUCCCCGCUUUCUCCCUGGGUAACUUAGUCUGACUACACAACCUGCUAAGGUGGUAACUAAAUUAUGACUUAUGUUUGCACCAAUCUCAGUACAAACUGCUGGGUCCUGGAUCAGGUUGCACUAGUCGGCAGAAUACGGCAAAAUACACCGUGGGUCGUCAAAUUGGUCGACGAGCGACCGGAUAGUCUUGCUCAAAACAUACAGCGAGUUUCUCACCAUGUUUGCUCUGUAAUAUAUGGAGGUUGCAAGUACCACUCUUACUAUAGGCCAUGGAAUAGCAUCCGGCG